CCAAAGAAUCUGUUAUAAAGUAGGAAAAGUUGGUGAACUAUAUAAGCCAGCUGCAACUUUUUUUAUUCACAAUCUUUAAUCUUUCCUAUAUAAACUCAAAAGGAUAAACAAAACCAAUCUCAUCCAAUACAAAUCACAAACAACAAACUAUUACAUACAAUAUUCACAGAGUACAUUUCACAAGAAAAUGGAAGCAAGAAGAAUGGAAAUCAUACUCAUUACUUUUGCUGUCGCAGCGACAAUGUUUGCUGCCGGAGGAAUGGCACAGUCGAGCAGUUGCACCAAUGUGCUGAUAAGCAUGUCUCCAUGCCUCAACUACAUUACAGGAAACUCGUCGACGCCUUCUUCGCAGUGUUGCUCGCAGCUAGCUAGUGUGGUGAGGUCACAGCCCCAGUGUUUAUGUGAGGUACUAAACGGCAGUGCCGCCUCUUCACUCGGUGUCAAUGUUAAUCAGACUCAAGCUUUGGCUCUUCCUACUGCUUGCAAUGUCCAAACUCCACCGAUCAGCCGUUGCAGUGCCUCUACUCCUGCCAAGUCUCCAUCAGGAACACCAGAAUCUCCUUCUUCAGUGGGCGGUGGAUCCAAGACAGUACCAUCAACAGAUAACGGAACAUCAGAUGCAAAUUCCAUUAAGUUGAAGUUCUCUAUGAUCUUUUUUUCGCUGUUCCUCGCGUCGUUCGCUUCAGCUUUCUGAUCAGCUGGAUUACAAUGCCUCCAUUUAUUGAAGUUUUGCUACAGAUUAAUUAGAUAUGACAGUAUUCGUUUUGUCAUAAGUAUUUGUUUUAGUUUGAUUUUGAUGUAUGUUUAUCAGUAUUUUUAAUAAUAAAACUGAGGUUGUUGGUUUCCUUUUCAAAUUGAGCUUCUUCUUCUACUCUA